AUGCCAAAGAUAAGGACACAGCGCACAAAGCAGCCACCAGAAGGAUUUGAAGCUAUUGAGCAGAUAUUAGAGGAUUAUACUCGUAAGAUGCGCGACGUGGAGGCAGAAACAGUGGAUGGGAAGCGUAAGAACGAGACACUGUGGCCUGUAAUGAGAAUAUCGCAUACGAGAUCAAGAUAUAUAUUCGACUUGUACUACAAACGUAAGCAAAUAUCCAAGGAACUUUACGAUUGGCUGGUGAAGCAGGGCUAUGCAGACGCCAAUUUGAUAGCCAAAUGGAAGAAACAGGGAUACGAGAAGCUGUGCUGUACGCGGUGUAUACAGAGCAGAGACAUGAACUAUGAAGGAUCUACGUGUAUCUGUAGAGUACCAAAGGCUCACCUCAAGGAUGGACAGACUUUUGAGUGUGUGCAUUGUGGAUGCCGUGGAUGCAGCUCAGAGACUUAG